AUGGUGACGCAAGAAUCGGAGCUCUUCAGCGCCCUCAAAAGAACCAUUAAGCAGGACUCCAAUGCUUCUUUGAUAGCAGGCGGCAUUUCGGGCGCCGUUUCUCGAACUAUUGUUUCGCCAUUCGAACGCGCAAAGAUUCUUCUCCAGCUUCAAGGACUGGAAGCACAGAAAGCUUAUCAGGGUAUGUUCGCCACAAUCUGGAAAAUGUACAAGGAAGAAGGUUGGCGAGGUUGGUUUCGUGGAAACACGCUAAACUGUAUUCGAAUCGUUCCUUAUAGCGCUGUGCAAUUCGCUGUUUUUGAAAAGUGCAAGGAACUCUUAGUGCGCCGAAAACCGCCGGGUCAGCAGACCUUGACCGACACGGAUAGGCUUAUAGCUGGGUCUAUAGGUGGAAUUGCUUCUGUUGCCGUUACUUAUCCGCUUGACUUGGUCCGUGCUAGAAUUACAGUUCAGACCGCGUCUUUGGCCAAACUCAAUAAGGGAAAGUUAGUUGAGGCACCAGGCGUGUAUGCAACGAUGGUCAAUGUUUACAGAAACGAAGGGGGCCUUCUUGCGUUGUACCGUGGCAUAGUCCCCACAACUUUGGGUGUGGCACCAUAUGUGGCCAUCAACUUUGCCCUAUAUGAGUACUUGCGAGACCUGAUGGACUCAUCCACCAAAGACUUUAGUAACCCUAUGUGGAAGUUAGGCGCAGGGGCCUUCAGCAGUUUUGUUGGUGGAGUGCUUAUCUAUCCACUAGACUUGCUCCGAAAGCGUUACCAAGUUGCUAGCAUGGCUCAGGGCGAAUUGGGUUUUCAGUACCGUUCUGUUGCGCACGCACUUCAAACCAUUUUCCAGAAAGAGGGCUUUUUUGGUGCAUACAAGGGCUUGACUGCUAACUUGUACAAGAUUGUCCCCUCAAUGGCCGUCAGUUGGCUUUGCUAUGAUACGUUGAAAAGUGCAAUUGCUAAUUGGUAA